AUGGCGGUUUCUGCAGGGGCUUUAGCUUUUGCUUCUCCUCUCUCUUCCUCCCCUGCUUUAUCCGUCCGCGCCGCCCUUAAUUCUACCUCCGUGACGCUUUCUGAGAUUAAAGAUGAACAAGCAGGGACCAGCAGCAGCAGUUCUGCCCAGAAAUUCAGCUACAGUCGAGCCUCUCCUGCAGUUCGGUGGCCACAUUUGAAUCUCCGUGAAACAUAUGAUUCCAGAGGCUCAACACCAUCUCGCCCUGUUUCUCCUCCGGCUUCACCAACCGAUGUCGCGGAGGAUUCCGGGGAAUUCGUCGAUUCUGUUAGCUCCAGCGAGCAGCAAAAGGCGAACGAGGAAGCCGCCGUGGCGAGUCGGAGAAGGAGGGUGAAGAAGAUGAAUAAGGUUGCUCUGAUAAGGGCCAAGGAUUGGAGGGAGAGAGUGAAAUUCCUGACGGAUAAGAUUCUAGGACUGAAACCUAAUCAGUUCGUGGCGGAUAUUCUCGAUGCUCGGCUUGUUCAGAUGACCCCCACGGAUUACUGCUUCGUCGUGAAAUCGGUUGGUCAGGAGAGCUGGCAACGAGCUCUCGAGGUUUUCGAGUGGCUCAAUCUCCGUCACUGGCAGUCACCCAAUGCCCGGAUGGUUGCAGCCAUACUCGGCGUUUUGGGUCGGUGGAAUCAGGAAUCGCUCGCGGCGGAGAUUUUCACUAGGGCUGAGCCAGCCGUCGGAGACACGGUUCAAGUGUACAACGCGAUGAUGGGCGUUUAUUCCCGUAGCGGCAAGUUCUCAAAGGCACAAGAGCUGCUCGAUGCAAUGCGUCAAAGAGGGUGUGUUCCUGACCUGAUAAGUUUCAAUACUCUUAUCAACGCUAGGCUUAAGUCUGGUGGGUUGACUCCGAAUCUGGCUGUUGAGCUCUUAGAUAUGGUGAGGAAUUCGGGUCUUAGGCCUGAUGCCAUCACUUACAACACUCUUCUUAGUGCCUGUUCGCGGGAUUCAAACUUGGAAGGGGCGGUGAAGGUUUUUGAGGACAUGGAAGCUCAUCGAUGUCAGCCUGACUUGUGGACUUACAAUGCCAUGAUUUCCGUAUAUGGAAGAUGCGGGCUUGCUGCGAAAGCCGAGAGUCUCUUCACGGAGUUGGAGCUUAAAGGAUAUUUCCCUGAUGCGGUCACAUACAACUCUUUGCUCUAUGCUUUUGCCAGAGAAAGAAAUACGGAGAAGGUGAAGGAAGUGUACCAGGAAAUACAGAAAAUGGGGUUUGGGAAAGACGAGAUGACUUACAACACCAUCAUUCACAUGUAUGGAAAGCAGGGCCAACUUGAUCUUGCGCUACAGCUUUAUAAAGACAUGAAAGGUUUGUCGGGUAGAAACCCUGAUGCUAUUACUUACACAGUUUUGAUCGAUUCACUUGGAAAAGCAAACAGAACCGCGGAAGCUGCAGCUCUAAUGUCUGAGAUGCUUGAUGUUGGGAUCAAACCAACUCUGCAGACCUACAGUGCUCUCAUCUGCGGUUAUGCCAAGGCUGGGAAGCGAGAGGAGGCCGAAGAUACUUUCAGUUGCAUGUUACGCUCAGGGACUAAACCUGAUAGUUUGGCGUAUUCUGUAAUGUUGGAUAUAUUUCUAAGAGGAAAUGAAACCAGAAAGGCGUGGGCUUUAUAUCGUGAUAUGAUUUCUGAUGGUCAUACACCGUCUCUCAGUCUGUAUGAGUUGAUGAUACUUGGUUUUAUGAAGGAAAACAGGUCAGAAGACAUUCAGAAAACCAUCAGAGAUAUGGAAGAAUUGUGUGGCAUGAAUCCACUAGAGAUUUCCUCUGUUCUUGUUAAGGGCGAGUGCUUUGAUCUUGCUGCUAGACAGUUGAAAGUGGCUAUAACAAAUGGCUAUGAACUGCAAAACGAUACUCUUUUGUCUAUAUUGGGUUCCUACAGUUCAUCAGGCAGGCAUUCAGAAGCAUGCGAGUUACUUGAAUUUUUGAAAGAACACGCCAGUGGAUCUAGGCGGCUAAUAAAUGAAGCACUAAUUGUUCUACAUUGCAAGGUUAACAAUAUAAUUUCCGCUCUAGAAGAAUAUUUCUCUGAUACAUGUGUUCAUGGAUGGAGUUCUGGCAGUUCCACCAUGUAUGAGUCUUUAUUACACUGUUGUGUAGCGAAUGAACAUUACGCUGAAGCUUCUCAAGUUUUCUCUGACCUGAGACUAUCUGGCUGCGAAGCUUCAGAAAGUGUUUGUAAAAGCAUGGUUACUGUGUAUUGUAAGCUUGGCUUUCCAGAGACAGCUCAUCAUGUGGUUGAUCAGGCUGAGACAAAAGGCUUUCACUUUGCUUGUUCGCCUAUGUAUACUGAUAUCAUUGAAGCUUAUGGAAAACAAAAGCUGUGGCAAAAAUCAGAGAGUGUUGUUGGCAACUUAAGACAAAGUGGACGAACACCUAAUCUAAAGACAUGGAACAGUUUGAUGUCGGCUUAUGCUGAGUGUGGCUGUUAUGAGCGGGCAAGGGCUAUAUUUAACACUAUGAUGAGGGAUGGUCCGUCUCCAACUGUAGAAUCCAUCAAUAUUCUGUUGCAUGCUUUGUGUGUUGAUGGGAGGCUUGAGGAGCUAUACGUUGUUGUUGAAGAAUUGCAAGAUAUGGGAUUUAAGAUUAGUAAAAGCUCCAUUCUUUUAAUGCUUGACGCAUUUGCUCGAGCAGGAAAUAUUUUUGAGGUAAAGAAGAUAUAUAAUAGCAUGAAGGCUGCUGGUUACUUGCCCACGAUUCGCCUUUAUAGGAUGAUGAUUGAGCUUUUGUGCAAAGGGAAACGAGUCAGAGAUGCUGAAGUUAUGGUUUCUGAAAUGGAAGAAGCUAGCUUCAAGGUUGAGCUCGCUAUAUGGAAUUCCAUGCUGAAGAUGUAUACGGCUAUUGAGGAUUACAAGAAGACAGUUCAAGUGUACCAGAGGAUAAAAGAAAGUGGACUGGAACCAGAUGAGACCACUUACAAUACUCUGAUUAUAAUGUAUUGUAGAGACAGACGACCAGAAGAAGGGUACUUGCUUAUGCAACAUAUGAGAAAUAUUGGUUUGGACCCAAAACUGGACACAUACAAGAGUUUGAUCUCUGCUUUUGGUAAGCAAAAAUGCAUUAAACAAGCUGAACAACUGUUUGAAGAGCUUCUCUCCAAAGGAUAUAAACUAGACCGGUCAUUUUACCACACGAUGAUGAAAAUAUCCCGGGAUUCUGGAAACGACUCUAAGGCGGAGAAGUUGCUGCAAAUGAUGAAGAAUGCGGGAAUAGAACCAACACUUGCUACAAUGCAUCUGCUCAUGGUUUCAUAUAGUUCUUCAGGAAAGCCCCAAGAAGCUGAAAAGGUUCUUAGUAACCUGAAAGAAACAGACGUGGAACUAACAACUCUGCCUUAUAGUUCAGUUAUUAAUGCUUACCUUCGUAGCAAAGAUUAUAACAGUGGAAUAGAAAGGCUCUUGGAAAUGAAGAGAGAGGGCAUGGAGCCAGACCACAGGAUAUGGACUUGCUUUGUUAGGGCGGCGAGUUUCGCCAAGGAAAAAAAUGAAGUCAUGUUGCUGCUGAAAGCUCUCCAAGAUAUAGGUUUUGAUCUGCCUAUCAGGCUUUUGGCUGGAAGACCUGAGUUGCUAGUUUCAGAGGUAGAUGGGUGGUUCGAGAAACUGAAACCCAUAGAGGACAAUGCUGCUCUCAAUUUUGCUAAUGCUCUUUUGAAUCUUCUAUGGGCGUUUGAACUCAGAGCUACUGCAUCAUGGGUAUUCCAACUGGCAAUCAAAAGGGGUAUCUUCAGUCUUGACGUGUUCAGGGUGGCGGACAAGGACUGGGGUGCUGAUUUUAGAAGAUUGUCAGGAGGUGCAGCGCUUGUUGCCCUUACUCUAUGGCUUGACCACAUGCAGGAUGCAUCACUUGAAGGGUACCCAGAAUCUCCAAAGUCAGUAGUCUUAAUAACAGGGACCGCGGAAUACAACGGUAUAUCCCUGGACAAAACGCUAAAGGCGUGUCUUUGGGAGAUGGGAUCUCCUUUUCUUCCCUGCAAGACGAGAACCGGACUCCUAGUGGCAAAAGCUCACUCUCUCAGGAUGUGGUUGAAGGACUCACCGUUCUGCUUUGACUUGGAACUGAAAGACUCAAUGUCUUUACCGGAAUCAAGCUCGAUGGAGCUAAUCGAUGGGUGUUUCAUAAGACGCGGCCUUGUUCCUGCGUUCAACCACAUCAAAGAGAGGCUUGGUGGGUUUGUAUCACCAAAGAAGUUUUCGAGACUGGCUCUGCUACCCGAUGAGAUGAGAGAACGAGUGAUAAAUACGGAUAUAGAGGGACAUAGACAGAAGUUAGAGAAGUUGAAGAAGAAGAAUAAAGGAAAUGAGACGAACGGUGUUAACACUCGAAGAAAAUUCAUUAGAAGUAAGUAAUGCCAUGAUUGUGCUCACUUGCUCAUUGAGUGAUUAUUGUAUACAGUUUUUGAUUUUCUUUUUGUGGAUACGUGAUCAGAAAAAGUGUUUUCAUGUGUAUAUCACUAGUAAGGAUUAAUAAAUUACAAAAGAGUUAACGUUCAA